AUGGAUGAUGGUGAUGAUGUUGAUCUCAAUACAUUAAACAAUUCGGAAAAAAUAAUGUAUCGUAUCCCAAUUGAAUGGAUCUCGCGACUUGCAGUACGAGACGGUAUGUUUGUUUUAUUACCGCAGGAAUUUUGUUGUCGUGAAGUGUUAUUACGUUCAAAAACUCAAUUGGUUCGCUGCCAGUCGUUAAAUUUACGUCCCAAUUAUUAUGAUGAUGAAAAAAUUUUUCAUGUUGGUUGCGGGCCUUGCAAUCUCGACAAUCCAGAGAUUGAGGUCUUUGCCGGUACAACGUUGUAUAUCGGGCUUACAAAUUUGAUGACGUAUUUUGAAACGGGAUUAUAUUUGAAUGUGGCAGAAAUGCUCGUUGCUCUAGAAGCGAGUGAUAAAACUUUGCAUUAUUACACUGAAGAAUGGGUCACAACUGAAAACGAGGACGGUGAGAGUGUGACAGCUGUAGAAUAUAAUUUAAAAUUAUUAAUAGGUCUUAACGUUCGAAAAUAUUUAGCGCAUAUAUUAGUAUGUAAACAAUGUUAUAGAUAUGUAGAGGAUUUUUUAUCCUUAUUAGAUCAAAGUGUUGAACAUCAUCCGUAUCCCGCACAUAGGGAUAUACAUAGCGACGGUUUUAAUAGUUUGGGAAUACCCAUUUAUCGAUUUGUGCUUGAUGCAGAUUUUGAUAGUUUAAGGGAUAAGUCAUUUUAUGGAGUUGUUGAUAAUGAGGAUGAGUCACCAUGUUUGUUAGUUGAUACUUUUAUGUUCACCUAUGUUGUGAAGAAGAAGUGA